CAGUAACAGAACAACGACAGCACCAGCAGUACUCAGAACACACCGAAAAAAGUGAGCGAAUUAAAAUAAAUCGCAAAAAGUGCGAGCACACAUUUAUCCGCUUUGCUUUGGUUUGGAAAAAAAUAAAUACACAAUUGCAAAUGUGCCUGCGCUGUUGGCCACAUUCCAGCCUCAUCGCCUCACUCAGGCAGCAGCAAACAAAACACAACAAAUCGCAGCUAUAAAAGCCGUAGCAGCCGUAGUCUUUGUCUUAAAGCGAGACAACUCGACUCCAGUGCCCAGUGCGGAACUGGCCAGAGAGAGAGAUUCGAUAUCACCGAAUGUCCAGCAGGAAAUACUGGCAAUCAGAGCAACGUCGGAACUGCCUACUACGCCGAGUUUGAGGAAAUUGUGUAAAAAAGAAAAAAAGUUAAGGAAUUCCCCCUAUUUGCUGCGGAUAAGUGGCUGGCUAUCAGCACAGAACCGACGACCGAACCAAGAUGGCGGCAGCGGCAGCGGCAGCUGUCCAGGGCCACAGACCCACGGAUGUGGUCGUUUUUGUUGUACUGCUAGCCCUGGCCACAUUGGGGGGAGUCGUCAGCGAAAAGCGCACACCCAUUAUGCAGGUGGACGCCUUGCGCACCGAGUACAUAAGCCUGGAGCGGGAUCUUUGGGAUUAUCUAAAGAAGACGGCAAACAGUCAGAACAACAAGGAGACGCAGCUGCGCAAGAUCUUUGUCUCGCAUCGCGACUUCAAUAGGAAACCCUUCAUGCAGCACACCUUUGCCAUGCAGCGCUAUGAGAUCCUCAAACACUACGAAUGGACGAUUCUGGAGCGGGAAUUGGAGCACAUAAGCCAACUAUUUGAAGAGUACAAGGACACUUUGUCGAAGCAGAACAACAAUGGCCAGGGCCAGCUGGAUGAGCGUGAUAUUCUUGAUUUCGUCCAAACUGUCUUUCACGAGAGUAAUACUGCCCGCAUCCUGCAGGAUAUACAUCGUGUGAUGGUCCAGCAAACACUCUACUACAGAGCCAUGGUGGCUUCUACAAACGAAAUAUGCAACACCCUACAGUCGGCGCAACAGUUUGUGUACUCUCUGUAUGCGGACAUCGCAUUGACCGAGCUGAAGGCCUACACCAUGAUGGAGUUCUCGUGGAUGAUGCUGCGCGUCUAUGGCAAGGGAAAUUUCACACAGGAAGCCGAACUGAUGCGCACCGACUACGAGCGACGCACGGAGCGUACGCUGAAGCUGUUGAAGGAUGUGAUGACGCGCGCCGAUCGCAUUGUCUGGCGCUGUGAUCCCAAGAAGCAUGUGGCUGGCGUUACCUACGACGAGGUGACACGCUUACUUCAGGGCUACAUCGAGAACGAGGUGGAUCUCAACAACGAGGAGACAUGCCGCGAGACCUGCUCCUUCUACCAGUCGACACGCAGCGAAGGCUGCUACAAGGAUCUCUACUGCGCCCGUCAGCCCAAGUGCUCGGGCCGACUGUACAACUGCCAAUUUAUCGAUUCGGACAUGUGGGUGUGCCCCUCGGCGAAGAACAGCACCAGGCGAUACGAGUACAUCGAGUACGAGAACGGACGGACGCUGGGUCAGCGUGCAAACUGUGUACGCGGCACAACCAAGGUGGACAGCUGGUGGCGUUACCUUUUGUGGCACUGCAGCUACUGCUUCUGCAUGUGCGACGAGCAGGGUCUCAAAUCCGAUCGUUUCUUCAAUCUACGCGAAGCAGUGUCCGAUGUGAAGAGCAACAGGGUCGUGACUGGACUGCGUUUUGUGAAGAAGAAUCGCAUUUUCCAUCUGCAGAUACAGGAGGGAGAGCUCUUGCCGCGCGGCGGCAUCAAUCACACGACACUGUCAUGGAAGCCCGUCGAGAAUUAUAACAUCUUUGAUCGUGACGUCAAGAAGGGCAAAGACUAUCACACACUCAGCUAUGAGAGUCGCUCCAUUGAUCUCGACGAUGUCGAUACGGAUGACAACAGCUUUGUGGUCACUGGUGUGCGUUUUCGUGUGGUGGGUGCCCACCUGAAUCUGGAGGCCUGCUACAGCGAAUUCGAUUUCAAGACGGGCCAGCUGCUGCAGCCGGAGGUGAACAGCUAUUGGAAAUCUAACGACAACACCGAUGUCAGCGGUGACAGCAAGACGCGCAGGGAGAAAGUAAGCCUUUCGAAUGCGGAUGUAUCCACUCGUACCAUUACCUACUCGAUACCUCAGUCACGCCACAAUCAGUAUAUUGAGUUCACCAACACGGGUAUGGACAAGGAUGCGGCUCAGAGUACAGUACCAUUUAUGGAUAUACAGGAUGUGAUAUCGAAUCCAGCAGUACCACUGUCGGGUAUUGGCAUCUACUACAAGGGUCGCAACGGCUAUGGCGGCUUCUUGGGUCCGAAAAUCAUCACCUAUGACUUUACGCCCCAUGUCCAGGUGCCCAAGAACAAAUUUUAGAAUAACUCUAGCAAUUCCGGAUCGUUUCUGUUUAAUUGGCAUCGAUUCGGAGCACAUAUUUCUAUAGCAUUCUUAGUUGUACAACUACUACCCACAAACAACCUACAAAAUGCAUCCAACUGCAAUUCAUUUCGUGUAGUUUUUAGUGAGAGAAUUCGAAACGGACGCGAGAAGAGAAUAUAAAUGAAAUAAAAUUUGAAUUAGCCAUAAAUAAAA